UUGACAUUUGCAAUGCCAAACAAAUUGGCAUGGCGUUCUUGUUGUCAUCUUGUAAAAAAAAAUUGGCGAUUUCAUCCAAUAUUUCACAAUUUUCUCAUUAUAUUCGAUUUUGGUAAAAUUAGAUUAAGUAACACAAACCUAAUUGAGAAAUUAAAGGGACAUGGCUACUAAAAGAUCAAACCCUUUUGUCGAAGACUUCAUGCCCCAAAGCAAGGUGCAUCUAGGUCUGAAACAGUUCAAUAACAAUGAAGAAAGACUUCAAAAAGUGUAUGAAAAGACCUUAGAACUUCUAUUUCGAGGAGCCAAAAAGUCAUGUCAAGAUAUCAUACAGAAUGAAGAAAACAGUACAACAUAUAAAAAAGAUGGUAUGAAGCAACUUGUCAUUGGGAAAGGGGGUUUCCUUGUAACUUCUGAGCACAAGAUUGAAGACAAGCCUUUGUAUGUGCGGCGCUGCAGCUGUGGUGUGUGUGAGGAGGCGACCUGCAAGUACUGUGAGAGGUCACUGUGCCCCUCCUGCCAGCACUACUGCUGCCGCUGCCACUGCUACCAUUGUUCUAAAUGCUCUCUGAUUGGAUCUGAAGGAGAUGAUAUUUGUGUCUCAUGUUAUGGUUAAAAUAUUUUUAAGAUUGACUUUAUUUUCAGUUAUGUUAAAUAAAAAAUAAUUGAAAUUCCAACAUUGACAUCCGGCUUAACAAAAAGGAAAGUAAUAAGCAGUGUUUAUAUUUAAAUGACAAAGUAAAGCUGCAGUGUUCAAUAUUAGCAAUAAUUAUUUAUUUAACAAUUAAGAGUAUCAUGAUUUAAGGCAAAUGUAUAUUGCUAUUGUUUGUUAAAUAUUUGUAAGGCUCAGAGCCAUCUGCAGAUGAUUGCCUUAGCAUGGGAGGUAUAGAAAUGAAACAACAUUUCAGUACAUGUAGUUUAUAUAAAAUAUGUCAAAAAUAAAACAACAUAAAAUGUGAUCUACAUCUUUUAUAAAAAACGUUUGACUCAUUAAACUAAAUGGAAUUGAUCACAACACUGUUCUGUUUAAAAACACCCAAAUAAAAGUAGAACAAAAUGCACAAACACAACUUUAAAGGUUAUCUUAAUACAAUGUUUGAAAUAAAAUAAUAGCACUUGUUAUGUUAUUAGGAAUGUGUUUACAAAAUAUGUUUCAUUAAAUUUACUUACAAUGAUUCACGGACAAAGUUAACCAAAUAUAAAUUUAUACUUUUGUGCAAUAAUUGUAUUAUCAUAAAAGGUGAAGUGACGCAGCUGCUGAGGAAGCACCAACACCACCACCACCACCACCCGCCCCACAUAUGGAAGUGUUGGAGAAGCGCUCAAGUAAAUAAACAAAUUCCCAAACAUACAGCAUCAUUAUUUCAAUUAUUUCCCCUAACAUAUGAAAGAUAUCUUACAUUCUAGUAAGGAACAAAGUUUAAAACCAUAUUAGCACAUUUCCAUAGCUUAUUAUAUUUAUUCAAUGAACAAAUGAAACAUAGAAAAAUAAUUAUAAACAAAAUCUUUGAGAAUUCACUUUAUGAAGCUGUAUGAAAUACUUAAGGUCUUUAAAUAUUCAUGUGUUGCCAGAAAAUCUCACAAAUAUGAUGGAUGGAUGUUUGUUUGUCCUCAACGGCUGCUUGGAUCUUGCUGAAAUCUGGCAUAGUCUGGAUAAACACAUAAGGUACUGGAUAUUUUGGUAAAUUUCGGAAGUUUUCUAUGUUUUUUUCAUUCGCUUUUUACACAUUAUUCUUAACUUAAAAUACACUAGUGACGAAAUAUUUUACGUCAGUUUUCGGUCACAGGAGUUAUUGGCAUAAAGUACAGAAAGUAGGUACAGACCGUAAAUGUACAAUAUUACGGCGACGUGUAAAUAAUUGUUACUCCACUUUGCGAUGUAAACAUUCCAAAAAUACAAGCAAACUGUCCGGGCAGGGGACAUCACUGACUACCCUCUCCUUGUAGGGAAGUCUUUUGAACGUGUACUCAACAUUAAAUUAGUGUAGCAUGAAUAAGCAUACAAUUUAAUAAGUAUGUAUACAAAAUAUGCAACUUGUUACAAUUUGAAUUAAAGUGUGUUUUAACUCACUCAGGGCGCAGCCUUUUU